AUGCCUGCCCCUAAAAGACAACAGGCUACUCAGAAUCCUCAAACUAAGAGAAGAAAGGUGGAUCAGAAUGAAGUGGCCAUGCCAUCUAACAAAAUGACACCAGCCUCUGUAACGUCAAGCAAGCCCCAUAGAGAAGGACCUUCGCAGAGAAGGAAUAAGAAAAAGCCCCCAGCACAACGAAAAGACAGAAAUAAACCAUCAAAGUCCGGCUGUCAUUCCUCCAAGACAAGAUCAUCCCAAAAGGCCACCACAAGGACCAAGUCCAAUCCACUUGUCAAGAAUGCCAAGCUGCUGAAAGCCACAAGUGCCUCAUCAAAGAAUCCCAACUCCAAAGGAACCCUAAAAAGACCAGCUAAGAUCUCCAAAACAGCUUCCACAGAGUCAGACGAGGAGCUUAUCAGAACUCGCAAACCCCAUUGCAUCAGAAAAUACUCUAAUGGGGAUAGAGGUAAGCGUAAAGGGUCACACUCUAACCCGAAUGAAGCAGCCUUGCCCUCAGACCCUGUGCAGAUGGAUCACAAUUAUGGUAUACCCCCUGCAUCUCGUGGUAGUCAUUCUGAAUGUGAGGAAAAUAAAAUUAAGGGAGUCACAGAGUCCACCAGAAGCCCAGAGAGCCAGAGAGAUGUAAAGAUGGAAACUCAAGAAUCUUCAGUGAAGGCUUCAGGUCCCGUACGUGGACAACCUGAGCAGGUGAACCAGAGCAGUGAGACACAGGAGAUGCAGGGAGAUUCUGUGACUACUCCUACAGAUGAAGUUAAUGAGAGUGUAGAGACCAAGCCUGACACACAAAUAAUGUCUCCUCCCGCUAUAGUAGCAUCCUCUGAGAAAGCUUCAGACCCCAUCCCUGAGCACUUGAACCAGAGCAGUGAGAGACAGGAGAUGCAGGGAGAUUCUGUGACUACUCCUACAGAUGAAGUUAAUGAGAGUGUAGAGACCAAGCCUGACACACAAAUAAUGUCUCCUUUAGCUAUAGUAGCAUCCUCUGAGAAAGCUUCAGACCCCAUCCCUGAGCACUUGAACCAGAGCAGUGAGAUGCAGGGAGAUUCUGUGACUACUCCUACAGAUGAAGUUAAUGAGAGUGUAGAGACCAAGGCUGACACACAAAUAAUGUCUCCUCCCGCUAUAGUAGCAUCCUCUGAGAAAGCUUCAGACCCCAUCCCUGGGCAGCUGAACCAGAGCAGUGAGACACAGGAGAUGCAGGGUGAUUCUGUGACUACUCAUACAGAUGAAGUUAAUGAGAGUGUAGAGACCAAGCCUGACACACAAAUAAUGUCUCCUCCCGCUAUAGUAGCAUCCUCUGAGAAAGCUUCAGACCCCAUCCCUGGGCAGCUCAACCAGAGCAGUGAGACACAGGAGAUGCAGGGUGAUUCUGUGACUACUCCUACAGAUGAAGUUAAUGAGAGUGUAGAGACCAAGCCUGACACACAAAUAAUGUCUCCUCCCGCUAUAGUAGCAUCCUCUGAGAAAGCUUCAGACCCCAUCCCUGGGCAGCUCAACCAGAGCAGUGAGACACAGGAGAUGCAGGGUGAUUCUGUGACUACUCCUACAGAUGAAGUUAAUGAGAGUGUAGAGACCAAGCCUGACACACAAAUAAUGUCACCUCCAGCUAUAGUAGCAUCCUCUGAGACAGCUUCAGAACCCAUCACUGAGCAGGUGAGCCAGAGCAGUGAGACACAGGGUAUUCAGGAAGGUUCUGUGACCACCCCUACAGUUCAAGUUAAUGAGAGUGUAGAGAGCAAGCUUGAAGCAUAUAUCAAGUCUGGAGACCCUGUACCUGAACAGAGCACUGAGAUGCAGGAGAUGCAGGAAAAUGAUAUGACCACCCCUACAGGUCUAGUUAAUGAAUGUCUAGAGACUAAGGUCGAUGCGAAAAUAUUUUCUCCUCCAGCUAAAGGCCUAGUAGCAUAUAGCAGCAGUAGUGAAUCUGAAAGUGAAAGUGAGGAAAAUGAAAGGAAGGCAGUCGCAGAGUCAAGAGAUGUGACGAUGGAAACUCAUGUAUCUUCAGAGAAGGUUUCAGACCCUGUAAAUGAACAGGUGAAGCAGAGCAGUAAGAGACAGCAGAUACAGGACGAUUCCAUGACCACCCCUACAUAUGAAGUUAGUGAAGGUCCCAUGACCACCCCCAGUGAGAGUGUAGACACCAAGCUUGAUACAAAUAUAAAGUCUCCUCCAUCUAUUGAAGCAUUUUCAGAGGACGCUUCAGACCCUGUCCCUGAACAGGUUAAUCAGAUAUGCAUCGAAAUAGAGGAGGUGCAGGAAAAUUCCAUGACCACCCCUCCAGAUGAAGUAAUUGAACGUUUAGAUACCAAGCUUGAUGCAAAAAUAGAUAUCCCUCCACUUCUAGAAGCAUCCUCUGAGGAGACCCAUACAGUUGAAGUCAGUGAGAGUGCAGGAACCACGUUUGACGCAAAAAUAAAAUGUUCACAUCCUGCAACUGUACAUGUGAUGCACAGCACCGAGAUGCAGGAAGAUUCUGCGCCCACCCAUGCAGAUCAAGUUAGUGAGAGUUUAGACACCAAGCUUGAUAUCGAACUAAAAUCUCUUCCACCUGUAGAAGUAGCCUCAGAAGAGACUUCAGACAGUGUCUCAGAACAGGUGACGCAGAGCACUGAGACACAGGAGCUCCAGGAAGAUACCAUGACCACCCCUACAGAUGAAUUUAGGGAAAGUUUAGAGACAAAGUCGGGUGCUAAAAUAAAGUCUCCACCCCUAGAAGCACUUUUCAGUGCUCUAAAGAAGUCCAGUCUUUGCAAACACCCCCUGUCUCAUACAAUGCGCUCAAAUGUCAAAGAGUUUCUGGAAGUAGAGGAUUCUUUAGAAAUCAUGAAAAAAGACUGUGACUUUGGUGUGACAGAGAGUAUUGAGUGUACCUUAGACCUGGAGACCCCGAUUAUUGUUGAGGAUAUGGAGAUUGGCCACUGUAUUGUGGAGGUUGUGGGAGAGAAUGGGGAAGAUGUGGAUAUGGAUAGUGAUCUGGAAAUCAUAGACAACUCUGAGGUGCCAGAGAAGACAGUCCAGCUAACCAAAGGGUCUGAAGAAGAGUGUCGUCAGGAUAAAAGUGAAGCUGGUACUGAAAAGAAAGGCACAAGUUCCUCUAACCAAGACAGCACAAAUAGUGACAACCAGGAAGCUGCUAAAAAGACACCGGGUAGCCCGGAAAAACCCAAGAAACAGCAGAUGAACCCUCAGGCCCGGACUAAAGCCAGACUAGCAGCGCUAGCUGAGCAAAAGGCGGCUGCCUCCAAAAAAGCGAGCAGGCAGCUUAACCUCCUGGCCCUAUGUGAGGAAAUAGCGGACGAUAUCGCCACUGACACCAUGCUAAUAAAGACGAAGGAGGAGGAGGAGGAAAAGGUUGUAACAGUUGAGGCUGAACCCAUUAAGGAGCCAGAAUGCCCACCGCCUUUCACACAGGCUGAGACGGUCUCUAUCCCUCCAACUCCUGCCGGGCCCGAGGAGCCCUCUACCCCAGUUGUACCCACUGCUGCAGAGCCUGCUCCAGCCAAGCCCCCAGCUCCAGAGCCACCACAGAGGCGCUUCUUCAUCAGCCAAGUGACGGUGCCCCUCAAAAUCCACGAGAAGAAGAAACUUACCAGGUUCCAGAGGCUGCGGCAGGUGGAGCUGCAGCGGGAGAAGAAUAUGUCCUGGACCAUGGUAAAGAAGCUGAAGUCGGAUCAGGCCAAUCAUAAGAUGUUUCCAGAGACUGAGGCCAAACCUGCCCCCCCAUUACUGUCCACUCCAGCAGCAGCACCCCUCCCAGUGACCACAACACCCCCACCCCCCUCAGCCAGUCCAGCAGCACCCACAGUAGCUGCACCCUCUCCUGCCCCAGCCCCAACCAACCCAGCUGUAAGCCUAAAGCUUGAGCCCUCCAAAGUUGAGCCCUCCAAAGUUGAGCCCUCCAAAGUUGAGCCCCCCAAAGUGACCCCAAGUAAGGGACCCACCCUUAGAAAGAGGACGCUUCCAGCAGUACCCCCGCCGAUGCCCAACGGGCUGAAAGCUCAGAAGGCCAAGCCUGUGGCAGAGUAUAAGCCUUACAAAGCCAGGCCCAAGUACUCUUUUGAUGACUUUGAACUGGAUGACGAGCCGAAACCCUCACUGCAGAAGGCAGAACUACCCAUCGUGCAGAGGGCAGCAGUGAGACCAACAUCUACCACCAUUCAGAGGGCAGCAGUGAGACCUACACCUACCACCAUUCAGAGGGCAGCAGUGACACCUACAUCUACCACCAUUCAGAGGGCAGCAGUGGCCAAAAAUGGCAAACAUGAGGUAACUUUCUUGAACGAUGAUCUAAAAUGA